AUGAGCAAAAUUUUCAGAAAGAAAGCUCAUUUGAGACGUUCCCCAGCUACCGCGAGUAGAGAAAUCAGUCAAACAGCCAUCACCAUCGAUAGCUCUUCACAGCCCCGUGGAGAUGGUUCACAAGAAGGCGAAGGCAGUGGGCAUGAUGAAAAAGACAUGCCACAGAAUUAUUUCGAGACCAAAGAGCUCGACACACAAGAAUAUAAUCCAUCACGCGAAAUACCUAACUCGGAUGACAUGCGAGAGCUCAAAAUUCACCGACUAGAUUUAACCAUUACAAUAAUCCUUUACUAUGCCUCACUAAUAAUAAAUUCUUUGACCCUUUCAAGCGAUUCUUCGCCAUUUUUAUUUAACCUAUUGUUUCGCUCUUUUGCGUUGAACUUGUGGCAAUUCGGUCAAUUGGAUUUAAUCGGAAGAAUUACUGGACUCAUAUUAUCGCUACAAUCCCUCGUAUUCUUAGUUGCAGUAGGAAUCUACGCUUUCUCGAGGAUAUCAAGGUCUAGCCCGAAAAGACGUGGCAGGGAAUCAAGGACCAGCAGAGAUGGAAAUAUAAAAAUAUAUUACGGAGGACCAUUUCAGAUAGUUCACUUAUUCAAGAGUUUUUUUGGUUCGGGUGAUCUGAAUGACGCAUAUUACGACUCCCUUAAGAAUUACGACGCUCAAAUAUCUCAAUUCAUGGGAAUACUAGGUUACUUUUUGAUAAUUAUAGCUGCUAUUAUCGCGGGAAGCAAUGAAGUUACUGAGGUUGGAACUUCAAAUGCAAUUUCACACUCAGCGUAUAAAGCUACAGUUGCAGCUGUCAUAUUAUUUGCAAUAUUGAAUAUUAUGAUUUGUGUGGCGGAUAUUUGGAAAAUCGGAAGUGAAGAGAUAAUUCUCUAUGUGAUCAUCAGAAACUCGUGUUGCGGCGAGAACAGGAAGUCUAGGAAUACUGUGGGAAUUUUGGAUAGGAAUAUUCUAACCACAGCCUCAGUGAAGAGUGCAACACAAGCAGCAAUGACCGGAUUACCGACUGUGGUAAAAACGUCAACAGGCAUAACAGCCUCACCAGCUCUAUCGAGAUCAAAUAGUCCAUCAAAAGUGACUUCGUCGAGAAAUAGCAGUCCUAUUUCUUCGAGGCCGAGCUCAGUUACAGCUAAUGUUUCCGCUUCCUCCUUGUCAAGAUCAUUGCAGCCAUCUACGGUGUCGACCGCUAGUCCGUCGCAAUCGAGGUCUGCCUUGGCAACAGACCCCCCUGCUACAUCCUCCAGGAUGCAUUAUGAUCUUAGUCCUUCCAGACCCAUAACAUCAUAUCCGACGGAGACUACCACUUAUUACGGCGCACCAUCCGCUGGAAUUGUAGAAAGACAAGAAUUGACACAAGAAGUGAUAUAUGGUGGAAGUGCCUUUGAAGAACAAAAUUUAACAUAUGAUGUAACGGGAAGACAAGAACAUUCGUACGGGAAUGUCGGGGAACCAUACGUAAGUCGUUUCGAAGAACAAGUUUCGACACCGGAAGGCGAUGAAGGCAAUACGGAGAGACUAGGAUACGCGCAAGACAGUGAGGGAUUUGACAGGCAGGAGUUGAUAUAUGGUGGUGUAGUCGAGGAGAGGCCAUCUGGUAGUGAUGUUGAGGAGAUGCCAUCUGGUGGUGGCGAUAUCGUAGAAAGACGAGAAUCAAACACUCCGCCGAUCGAAAGUCAACGAUUUUUACCCCAGAGAACAGCUACCAUACAAAGACAAGCUGGUCUUAGGAGGAAUGCGAGUAGCAAUCGAGCUCGUAGAAAUCGAAGAAAUGAGAGUGAAGAAAGUGUUGAGCGGGGAAGGCCGAGAUAA